GCGGCAAAGGCUUUAAUCUCGGACUAAUUCAGCUGCUUUUGAAGUGAACAUUUCUACCAGUUCGUACUUCAGGAGUACAGAGCGAGGACCUGCAGACAGACGCACUGAAGGCGCAGCGCUCAUGGUGCAGGACACAGACACGGAUCUGCGAUAAACUCGCACGGUCUCUUGCCAGCUGCCGCGCCUCGCUUCUUUUACCCGGAUUACUCGUUAUUGAACCGUUUUUACGAUUCUUUUUUUUUUUGCACCCGAGAGAGAGAGAGAGAGAAAGAAAGAAAGAGAGAGAGAGAGAGAGAGGGGCUCAGUGUUUUUUUUGAUUUUCUUAAUGAAUCUGACGAAAGCAUUGACGUUUCAUUUCCUGACAAUUGGGACAUGAUCACAUCGCCCUCGGCAUCCGUCUUGAAGAAUAGUGGUAUUUGUUUAGUCUGGGAAAGCAGCAGUUCUCGGAAUAGCAGCUCAGCGAGCAUCAACAAGCCUUUCCUCCACGCCGUACCCCCGUCUCAUCCUCUACGGCAAGCGAACCGACUUCCCAUCAAGAUUUUGAAAAUGCUUACCGCACGGUCGGGACACAUUUUGCACCCGGAGUAUCUGCAGCCUUUGCCUGCUAACCCGAUCAGUCCUAUAGAGCUAGAUGCCAAGAAAAGUCCGUUGGCUCUUCUGGCGCAGACCUGCUCUCAGAUUGGCAAACCAGACCCACCGCCUUCCUCCAAAUUGUCCUCCGUGACAAAUGGAUCUAGUGAGAAGGAAUCUAAAUCUGGUCCCCUGAAAAUGAGUGACAUCGGUGUGGAUGACAAAUCUAGCUUCAAACCGUAUUCUAAGCCUUCAGAUAAGAAGGACUCGUCUUCGGGCGUCUCAAGCGGAGAGAAGUCUGGUUUCCGAGUGCCGAGCGCCACCUGCCAGCCGUUUACGCCGCGGACAGGCAGCCCCAACUCCAGCACUUCCGCGUCCCCGAUGCCGUCCGAUGGGAAGGAGAGGGAUGAAAAGAAAGAGUCUGAUUGUAAUAAAAAUGGCAAUACGGACGGGUCCGGCACCACUAGCCACAACCGGAUAAGUGUGAGUUGUGGCGGAAUUAACGUGGAGGUCAACCAACACCAGGAGACGACGCCUGGCACUAAAACCUCCUCCUCCUCGGACUCACCAUCUGUAACUUCUGUAUCCUCCGCAUCCGUUCUCGGGUCAGGACUUGUGGCACCGGUUUCUCCGUACAAACCGGGGCAGACAGUUUUCCCUUUGCCUCCAGCUGGUAUGGCCUACCCAGGUAGCUUGGCUGGGGCCUACGCUGGUUACCCUCAGCACUUCCUGUCCCACGGAGGGGGCUUGGUGAACGCACAGCUGGCCAGUUCGAUGGGCUGCAGUAAGGCUGGGUCCAGCCCUUUGGCUGGAGCCUCUCCACCGUCCAUCAUGUCAGCCAGCCUUUGCAGAGACCCUUACUGCCUCAGUUACCAUUGUGCCAGCCACUUAGCGGGCGCAGCCAGUGCAUGCUCGCACGAAUCUGCAGCUGCAGCGGCCGCUAACGCCCUCAAAUCCAGCUACCCACUAAUGUACCCGACACACCACAUUCACGGCGUGCAUUCCUCGGCGCCAUCAUUUAGCGGACACCCCCUGUACCCAUACGGGUUCAUGCUCCCCAAUGACCCUCUCCCCCAUAUUUGCAAUUGGGUGUCGGCAAAUGGACCAUGCGACAAGCGUUUCUCCUCGUCAGAAGAGCUCCUGAAUCACCUGAGGACUCACACGGCUUUUUCUGGGGCGGAGAAGUUGAUAUCUGGUUAUCCCGGGUCUUCGUCUCUGGCCAACGCUGCAGCAGCGGCCAUGGCCUGCCACAUGCACAUGCCACAGUCAGGUCCCCCCGGGAGCCCCGGAACUUUGGCUCUGAGGAGCCCGCAUCACGCGUUAGGACUCAGCAGCCGCUACCACCCGUACUCCAAAAGUCCCCUGCCAACCGGUGGCCCGGUUCCCGUCCCCGCUGCCACCGGCCCUUACUACUCCCCAUAUGCACUGUAUGGCCAGAGACUCACCACAGCAUCAGUGCUUGGAUACCAGUGAGGAACAAAAUGACUUUGAAGAGUUUAUAGUACUAAGAAUGCAAAUAUAAAGACUUUUAUAUUAACAGCGCUAAACGUAUGGGCGGGAUCCGUGGACUUCAACUGUAUUUAUUUAUAUGUCGGCUUAAAAGCAGGCGACAAUAGCUGCAAAUGGAAAAUAUUUGAGCAACUCAAAAAGUGCAUUAUGUUGAAACUGAACUCUAUAGGUAAAAUGAAAACACACAUGUUAGAGUACUAAUUAAAGUAGGGGUCUUCAUUUUGAUGUUAAUUUGAAAUUGCUAUGAUUGUAUUUGUUCUUAUUUAAUGUCUCAUUGAGAAGAAAAUAAUUUACAUGCAUGUUUGUUUCUUAAAUUUCAGAAAUUGUCCACAUUUCAAAUUGCCGUUAUUUUUCAGGUGAACACCUUGGAAAGAGAAUUGGUAUUUUUUUGUAUGUAUUCUGGAAAAAAAAUAAGAAACAAUUCUGUUCCAUAUCUCCGUGUGCCUCAUUUUCUGACGUAUUAUUCAGUGUUAAAUAAUAGUUGAAUUUAUAUUCCACUUUCAGUUUUUAAAAUUUGGUUUGUUAAAUUAAUGGGUUCAAGAAAACGUCAUUGAUAAUUUCCGCAACGUGAUAUAUACAUAUGUUCCUGUCAUACUUUUAAAAACAAUGAAUUGCUAUCUCAUCAAAAGUCAUCUUGACGACUUGCUGAUAUAGUUUGCAUCUUUCUUUCCAUUAUAUUAGUUUUUAUGCUAAAUAAUUGAAAAGCUUUAAACGUUUACUUUUAUCAGAGCACGUGUUAAAAACCUAAAUUAAAUGCAACUUCAAUGAGUGAAAAUUGGUUGUGCGUGUGUGAGAGACAGUGUGUGAUGUAUGUGUGUGUGUGUGUGUGUGUGUGUGUGUACACAGAGUUAACCGGGCUUUUGUAUGAGAUCAUUUAGUUUACUGGUGGGUAAUGUUUGUCAAUACGUUUUAUUUGACAGGUGUUGUAGCUUGCUUGCUACUUUACCUGCAUAUAAAUUAACAUCUGUGAAAUACGCCAGAAAAAAAAAAUGUUGGACCAGGACAGAUUUUUCUGUCAUUUUUACGCACAGCAUGCGUUUUAAAAUUGCUCAGAUUAAAAUAUAUUAAAAAACCUUUUACAAUCUUAAGAGAAAGAAGGACGUUGGCUUGAAUCAUUUGCUGGCUUUCUGGUUUAAUGCAAUAGAAAUUCUACAAGCGUUUUCGCACUGCGUGUCUUUUCAUUUCUGCUAAAGCUGUGGGCUGAGAGCGAGCCUCUGAUGCUCCACCAAGGUGAUUCUUCGACUUGGAGGCCAUUAACUGUUUGGUUUUUUUUACUAUAUUAAACUGGUUAUUUUCCAUCAUUAUCAGGAUGUUAUCACUUAAUUUGCAUUUGAUAAUCUCAUCCACCUGUAAAUCUUAAUGUACUCAGCACUACAUUGUUAUUAAAAAAAAAUCUUGUGCAAAGUUGUGGGAUUUUCAUGAAGGAACAAACACUCACGAAUCUUGGUUUGAAUUUGCAAAAAAACAGGCACAUAUACAUUUCUAUUUUUUUAAUUAGAAAUAAUAUCCCACAAGAACCACAACUAAAUUGUUUAUAUUAUGUCGUUUUUUCUAUUUUUCCUGCACAGCGGCAAUAAACGUAUUG